ACGGUCCACAUUAGUUUUCUGCACAAAAUGUGUCCAGAACCCUCAGAGCAAAACAUGCUAAACAUUUAAAAGAGCGUUCUUAAUAAGUGUUGUUUUAACAACCAUCCACCGGUCGAGAGAAGUCUUUUUUUUUUUUAAGGAAAUGCAGUAAGAAGUAUUGUCUUGUUCUUCCACUUGGUUCUGGCUCCUCCCAGACAGAUUAGUAAAACAUUCCAGCCCACCUCUGGGAUUCUGCUGGCUCCCGAGUUCCCUCACUCAGAACGGGAUCUUAAAGGGAGCUAAAAGACUCGAAAUGAGACGACUCGUCAUCUUGGUGACUUUGGCCUACCUUGCCACGGCUCAGCAUCAAGCUCUUAUCGACUACUUGGAGAGGAGGCUGCUUGCUAUAGAGGACAGGAUCUCUUUGUGGCAGGAGCAGACCACACGCUACGCCUCAGAGCUCAGAGAGCUGAAGCAGCAGAUGGUGUCACAGCUGGAGAGUCUCGAUAAAGAAAAAGAAACUCUGAGAAUAAACCUGGACGGCGUGGGGACGAGGGUGGACCGAGUGGAACGGGAACUGGACUACCUGGAGACGCACAACGGGGUCCAGCCGUGCGUGGACGUGGACGACAAGCUGAUCGAGCAGCAGGUGACUCUGGUGAAGGAGAAGCAGAAGGAAAAAUAUCUCAAACUCACAGACUGCAACGACAUGAUCUCCAGCAUAAAAGCCAUGAAGAUCCAGAAGCGAGUCGGAGGGUCAAAGGGCAUUUGGAGCAAAGACACCACUGGUAAGGUCUACAUUUUUAACGGGACAUCUGGGGACACCAUCAGUGAGUUCGGCACCAUGCAGGACUUGACCCGUUCUCUGGGUUUCUCCCUGUCCACUGGCCUGAAGCUCCCCUCUGCUUGGGAGGGAACUGGACACGUGGUCUACAACAACCAUGUGUAUUACGUAAACCAGGCUGAGGAGACGUCAGUGGUUAAAUACGACAUAAUGAAUAAAGUUCUAACAGAUAGUGCAGUGUUCCCAGUGCAGGACCACAUCCCUGUGUAUGAGCUGAACCCUGACACCAUGAUAGACCUGGCUGUGGAUGAGGAAGGCCUGUGGGCCAUCUACGCCACGCGGCAGAACGAGAGGUACAUCUCUCUGGCUAAAAUGGACAGCAGGUCCCUGGACAUCGAGCAGAUGUGGGAGACAAAUUGUCCCAGAGAGAACGCAGAGGUGGGCUUUGUCAUCUGUGGCACUCUGUACGUCGUGUACAACACCAAGCAGCCUGGUCGCUCACGGCUGCAGUGUGUGUUUGACGUGAACGACAUGGUGACGAACGAGGAGGCGCCUCUGUUUUACUUCCCCAAACGCUACGGGUUUCACUCCAGCCUGAAGUACAACCCGCAGGAGCAGCUGCUGUACGCGUGGGACGACGGCUACCAAGUCCUCUACAAGCUCACCAUGAAAACGAAAUUAGAAAUCUGAACUGAAAAACAGCAAGUCGAGGUUUUUAACUGUUCCCAAUUAAAUGUUUAGAAAUGACGUUUGUCUCUCAAGUGAAGCAGUAGUGGUUAUUAAUGAUAAGCACAUUUGUCAUUUUAAACAUAGUUAUUUACUGUUAUUUUAGUCUUUUUAUUUAAGGUGAAUGAACUAGUCCUAGUAAAACAAGCGAUUUGGACAACAGACUGAUUUUAAACACUGCAGUAUCAGACGUAUUGUGAUCAUAUGACAAUUGUAGACUUUGUCUACAACGCAAUAAAAGGAUUAGUUUUUGUUUUUAAGGAACUUAUGUGAACACAUGUCACAUUACCAUCUACUAACCUCAUGGGCUAACUGUUUAUUUUAUGCUUUAGAUUCAACUUUUCCACUUAUUUUCACUCUUUUUAGGUUAAAAUACAUCCAGUCAAGUUUAUUGGUCAAACAAAUUUGAUUUUGUUUUCAUAACUUUUGUUUUGUUGCUCCAGCAUGAGUGACACCAAAUCCAUCAUAACUCAUAAACAUGUCUUCCUAAACAAUGAAUGCAAUGUAUCUUUAGGACGGCAUUAGUAAUAAUAAUGUAUUUGUAUUACAUCAUUAAUGUAAUCUGGUGUGAUGACGUGUGAGAACCUGCUAGCUGGCUAGCACUAUUGUUUUUUUUUUUGAGUGCAUGACCACAUCUCACUUAUUGAAAUGCAUUUCUAAUAAAACAGCUUUCUUUAAUCUA